CAAGCUGUUUAUUUUCCUCGCAAUAAAAUGCAGUAAAAACAAUAAAAGCUGGCUUACCACGUUUGUUCGGUAUUUCGGGCAGGUGUCAAAUUUGCAGACGGCUCCUGAGCAGGUGGGAGUUUCCUGCUCUUGUUUAUUGGUGCUGAUGCAAAAUAUAAGCAGCAUCAUCCAGACCAGACGCCAGCGAAGGAGCAUUUGAAAGUUAUGGUUGUAUGACUUCAGCCCCUGAGACGUAAGUCUUACUCAUGGCCGACACAAAGCUGUUUGAGACAAAAGCUCCCCCUCUGGAUGGGAGGGGCUUGGCGCUGGAUGUGCUGGGCUUCCUGGACUCUCUGGGGGAGGACAACAGCACAGCAGCAGAGAGGUGCUACCGCUCCCACUCCCGCAGCAGCGUCCUUCAGGGUCUACCUUUUGGAGGGGUGCCCACGGUCCUCGCCAUCAACGUUGUCCUGUGGAUGUUUCUUUUGCUGAUCUUCUCCUGUUUGAGGAAGGCCGCAUGGGACUAUGGCCGCCUGGCUCUGUUGAUGGAAAAUGACAGCCUUACAUCCUUGUUCUACGGAGAGCAGAGUGAGAAGGAGAAGUCCCCGUCAGAAUCCAGCCCAUCAGACUCCGAAACCAAGGAUCUAGGCUUCUGCUCUUGGCUAACAUCUCUUUACCAUAUGAAGGAUGAGGAGAUCAGAAGUAAGUGUGGCGUCGACGCGACCACCUACCUGUCCUUCCAGCGCCACAUCAUCCUGCUCAUGACCGUGGUCUGCCUGCUGUCUUUGGCCGUCAUCCUGCCUGUCAACUUUUCCGGGAACCUCCUAGGUGAUAAUCCUGAAAACUUUGGAAGAACAACUGUGGCUAAUCUUCCUGCAAAAGAUAGCUUCCUGUGGCUCCAUAGUGUGUUUGCUCUGCUCUACUUCAUCAUCACUGUGCUGUGUAUGGCCCACCACUCCACGUGCCUGGAGCACAAAGAGGAUCAAAAGGUGGCCAGGACCCUUAUGAUCACCAGUAUCCCCAGGGAGAUCUCAGACCCAGGCCUUAUCACCAAACACUUCCACGAGGCCUACCCCAGCUGUACUGUAACUGACAUCCGCUUCUGCUUCAAUGUACACAAACUGAUGAGGCUGGAUUCUGAGAGACGGAAGGCGAUGAAAGGACGUCUGUAUUUUGCAACUAAGGCCCAGAAGGAGGGGAGGAUCAUGAUUAAGACCCACCCCUGCGCUGCCAUCUUCUGCUGUGAUGUGUGUGGCUUUGACCAGGUGGAUGCAGAGCAGUACUACAGUGAGUUAGAGGAGAAACUGACUGAUGAGUUUAAUGCAGAAAAGCAUCGCAUCUCACUCAAGAGGCUUGGCAUUGCUUUUGUGACCUUUCGGGAUGAGAGGAUGACUGCUGUUAUUGUGAAGGACUACAGCCGUGUCCAUUGCCGUCGGAAACCUCAGCAAUCUAGCAUCACUACGGUAGUUCAGUCUCACAGGUGGGGUGUCAGCUACGCCCCUGCACCGAGCGACAUAAUCUGGGAGAACCUGUCCGUGUGUGGCUCUCGCUGGUGGCUCCGCUGCUUCGCGCUCAACAUCCUCCUCUUCCUUCUCCUAUUCUUUCUCACCACACCUGCCAUCAUCGUCAACACCAUGGAUAGGUUCAAUGUCACCCAGCCUGUGGACAGCCUGAAGAGUCCAGUCAUCACUCAGUUCUUCCCGACCCUCUUGCUCUGGGCCUUCUCUGUACUGCUACCCUUCAUUGUCUACUACUCAGCUUUUUUUGAGUCUCACUGGACCAGGUCCAGUGAGAACCAGAUAACAAUGCACAAGUGCUUUCUGCUGCUGGUGUUCAUGGUGAUCAUCCUUCCCUCGCUGGGUCUCUCCAGUCUGGACCUGUUCUUCAGGUGGCUGUUUGAUGUCAACUUCCUAGAAGACAGGGAUAUUAAAUUCCAGUGUGUUUUCCUGCCUGAUAAUGGAGCGUUCUUUGUCAACUACGUGAUCACAUCCAGCCUGAUUGGCACAGCCAUGGAGCUGCUGCGAAUCCCAGCUCUGAUGGUAUAUGCUCUGCGCCUCUGCUUCGCCAAGUCCGGGGCUGAGCGUAUCCACGUUAAACGGAGCCAGGCCUAUGAGUUCCAGUUCGGUCUGGAGUACGCCUGGACCAUGUGUAUCUAUGCUGUCAGCAUGACCUACAGUAUUACCUGUCCUAUUAUCGUGCCCUUUGGGCUGCUCUACCUGAUCCUGAAACACAUGGUGGACCGCUACAACAUCUACUACGCAUACGUGCCCACCAAGCUGAACCAGCGCAUCCACACUGCAGCCCUCAGCCAGGUCAUCGUGGCUCCAGUCCUCUGCAUGUUCUGGCUCCUGUUCUUCUCCGUGCUGAGACUGGGCCCAGUGCGUCCCAUCACACUCUUCACGUUUAUCUCCCUGCUCUGCUGCAUUGCCUUCUCCCUCUUUGGCUUUUGUCUGAGGAAACAGCCGGACAAGUCAUCAAGCUACCAGAUGUCUGACCAGAUGUCUGCUGAUCAGCCCGCAGAAAGAACAUUUGUAGAUGCAGAGAGAAGCUCCACCCACUCCACCACCCCAUCCAAUCUGUUUGUGGCAUCUGUAUUGUUGGAUCCGGAGCUAGGCCUCACCCCAAUGCCCUCUCCGGCCCACCAGAGCUAUGGGACCAUGGCCAACUCCCAGGACAGAGAGGAGGAGGAAGAGGAGGACAAGGAGGACCAAGUGGAAACUGUGGAGACAGAGCUCCAGGAGCCUCCAGACCCCUACUACUCCAGCCCCCUCAUGGACAGCCCAGUGGGCUACCAGUGACUGACACCCUCCCCCAACGCAAAAACGCUCAAAUGCUUCAUUUCUCGGCUUUAACCUCAGAACCCCACCCAGCUGCCCCCAGCCACCUCUGGCUGAACCGGAUUGGUGAGAAACCAUUUGGAUGUUGUCUUUGGAGGUUCCAAUGCUGACAUCACUUCCUCCACAGCCCUGUUGCUGGGAUGUGGAGAAAGGAUGUAAGUGACCUUUCCUUCCUCAUUGUGAAAGGUCAGAGUAACCCCUCCUCAACACAUCUCUGUCAGCUGUCAUCGUGAAUCAACCAUAAUGAGGAUACUUCACACAAAGUGCAUCUGUCGGUUUCCGGCUUCCCGCUUUCUUGUUUUCUCCCUUUCUUCCCUCGGCGUGUUAUUAAUGAGGCGUGCCAUACUGUAUGUGACUUGGCAGGGGGUUGACUGUGUUGCGGGAAAGAACACUGCGUGUGCAUCCUGGACAGGAGCAGGGGUGAAUCUCUACGCAGUGGGUGGAACGGAUUGACCUUACUGGACAGAUUGGUCCCACUAGACAGAGUGGUCUUGUGACUUGGAGAUCUGGCACUGGUGUGGUGGAACUCUGUGAGGCAGAGGGUUAGGGAUACGGGUUGUGAUCAAGCCAUCUGCAGUGAGAGAACAGGACAGACGGAGGAGGGAACGGAGGCAGAGUGGAACUCAGAGCUCUAACACUCCCUACGGAGGAGAAGGCACAAGAAACCCAAUGGGAUCUGCUGCUAUUGUAAUUGCUGUUAGCGUUGUUAUUUUGCUACUCCGUACAGUCCUGUGUGUGAUGUUACCGUGCUGACAGGAGAGGGACGGGUCAUGUGUGUUAUUGUUUUAUAACAAUCUAUAAUGCCAUUGCUUCAUUAUUGUUUUUAAAUAUUCUUAUUGGACAAGUUGAGAUACCGCUUCCAUUUGGAAACAUUAUUUCCAAUUUAUUUGGCUUUUAAAUCUUUUUCAUAAAGGCCAGGCAGCAAAAACAGUCAUGAAAAGAUACUAAUUGCAGCCUGUUUUAUCAUGGUAGUAGUCCAAAGCAAGUCCUUCUCUCCACUGCAUGUUGGGAAUGCUCUACGAGAUAGGAUUUGCCUGGACAUUGCUCUACUAGAGGUCCACCCUUCAAACUAAACAGCUAAUUCCAAUGCUGUGUAAGACUCAGCUGGCACAGUCAUACAGUAAUGUUUGCUAGUUUUUUAUUGCAAGUGUUUUGCUUCUCAAGGGCGGGAAGUUUUCCCUGCCAAAAUGAGUGCAACCUGGUUGUUGUUUGUAAUAGUGCUCUCUUGCUGUGCCUUCAAGAAAAACUCCCCGUCGUCUGACAAUCCAGCAUGGCCUGAAUUAUGCUGCAUGGACUGAACUGAAGGAGCAGGGAACCAGGUGAGACAGACGUAGAUAAAAACCCAUAGAGGGGAAUAUGUACACAUUCUGGCUAUAGUUCUAACCAAACACCCAAUUACCAGCUAUGAUCUUUCUCCUGUGUGUGUUUGAGCAGCAAUCCUCCUAUGGAUAGUGUGGAAUAGAGAUCUCUUAGACAAGCACGGUUCAAUAUUAUUUUGUAUAAUAAUUAUUUUCUGUGUAUUUUCAGUCAUUUCGGUAACAACUAAUUAUAUUACAUGUGUAAUUACACAAACAAGUGUGGUAAUUAACUGUAAUAACUCUACAAUGACAACAUGUUCUAGUCUGGAAUUACAGUGGUAACAAAUGCUUGUUGCAAAUGUGCAAGUUUUCACUAAAUUCACAAAUGCAGUAUUUGUUUUGCAAUGAUGCCCCUGAUUCAGUAAAAUACUUUCACAAUGGAUAGAUGUGCUUUAGAGUCCAAGCUUAGAAAGUCUCUAAUUACUACCCAAGAAUGAGCAGUCUCUAAAAUCUCCACUCAAUGUUUUUGCUAGUAGUUGUUGGCAAAAACCUAAUUAACUAGGCUUACUUUCAUUGAUGAAAACAGACUUCUGCAUAACUACUGUACAAUGUCUUUACCAGAUUAAAACCAAACAUGUCUUGAGGGGUACUUUCUUGGAAUUGAACUACAUUUUGGAAGAGAUUGUUGAUAGUUUAAAUAAAAUCUCGGUUUUGGGGUUUAAAAUAGUUAUUUCUAUGUAGUAGUGUACUACUGAAAUUACAUGUUAAUCUUUAAACAAAAAUAAAAUGUUGGUGAACCAACAAAUAAUUUCCCUUUUUAGCAUCGCAUUUACAUAUUAUAAUUUUCAUAAAGCAUUGUUGUUAAAGUAACUUUAGUUAAGUAAAUUAUAUUGUGGCUUUAGUUUAUCUUAAAUAUGCAGGGUUGAACUGCAAAAAACAAAACAAAAAAUGAAACUUCCCAUACUGAGCUGAAUGUGUAAUAUGUUAUUUAUAUGUGCAUAACCUGUAAAUGUAAUCACAAUCAUAUCUCAGUUACCCAUGAAAUUCAAGUUUGAAAGCGAUGGUGAUAUGAGGCACAUACAAGACAGUGUAUGUAGUUUUCAGGGACUGGUUUAGGCUUCUUCCAUUGUGAAAUAAUUGGAAUCUUGGUGAACUGUAUUUUCAGGGUAGCUUCCCUAAAAUUGUACUUGCAUAGUUUGUUACCUACAUAUAUACUAUAGAUACUGUUGAGCUAUUACCAUAAACUUAAUACUUGUUACCAAUUGGAAGGAUGAGCUUCUGCUUUUGUCUACAAAAUUGCAACAUUUAAAAUGAACAGCCAUUGAUUAAAUACUUUGAGUGAGGUGGUUAGUUUCAGAAAAGUAUACAUUUGAAACGAGCAUGGUAACAAGCAUUUGUUUUUACAGCUCUGUAAUUACAGUGUGUAAUACCCCCCAUUACAUCUGGUUAGUACAGUGUGACUUUGAAUUAUUACAGUUAAUUAUAAUGCUUGUAUAAAAUAUGGUCACACUGUAAUAAGGAUCUCUUAAAAUUAAGUAUAUUGUAAUUUUAAAUUAUAUAAGUAUUAUUAUAACAUCAGCUAAAUAGUUUUUCUGUUUGUCAAGUACUUAAUUUCAAAUAUCUUGGACCAGGUUCUAAUGGAUUUAAGUAAAUCAGUAGUUGUUUUUGAAAAUACACUUGUCUGUGCAUUUAAAGGAAUAUUUUUCAAGUGUAUCAGGCUAUUUACUUCCGAAUGUGUCUGAAAGUAAUUGAAAUAUCCUAUAUAGCAGAGGUGUCAAACCGGUUCCACGGAGGGCCGAGUGUC